AGAUUCCCACUCUAUUCACAGCUCCUGAAGGCAACAACAUCAACGGCGUCUCUGAUCACAAAGGGUGCGGGUUAACUGCGCAUGUGCUUGAGGGAUCGCUGUCGGAAGCACAGUCGGGUUUGUCCAAAGGCUUUACACAUCAAAACGAAAACUAAAAGUCAUGUCGGGAUUUCUGGACGGGAUCCGGUGUGGAGAUUGUGAGUGUAAUGUGGAUUGGGGAGAGCGAAGAAACACCAUUGCCUCUAUAGCUGCUGGAGUCCUGUUUUUCACAGGUUGGUGGAUCAUCAUUGACGCAGCAGUGAAGUAUCCCAGUGAGGCUGAGUUUCAUCAUGCAUAUCACACCUGUGGAGUCAUCGCCACUGUGGCCUUUCUCAUGAUAAAUGCUGUUUCAAAUGGCCAAGUGAGAGGAGACAGCUACAGCGAAGGCUGCAUGGGACAGACGGGCGCUCGAGUGUGGCUCUUCAUCGGCUUCAUGCUGGCUUUUGGCUCCCUCAUUGCCUCCAUGUGGAUUCUCUUUGGAGGAUUUGUGGUGCCUCAGAAGCCCAUCGUGUACCCUGGAAUUGCAGUUUUCUUCCAAAAUGCAUUCAUUUUCUUCGGGGGUUUGGUGUUCAAGUUUGGGCGUACCGAGGACCUCUGGCAGUAACUGCUCUGCAUGUCUCCUUACGUCCACAGUUACACACUCUGCUUUCUAUACUGUGUGAGACCGUAUGCUUCAGUGGUUAUUCACUUUAUAUAUGAACUUUUUUUAGCCUUCAGAUUAACAUGUUUAAUUUAUCUAGUUUGCUGUAUAAAAGCUAAAUCAUAACUAAGCACAAAUUUUCACAGAUUUCUUUAAAGUUUGAAUAUUUUCAGAUGCGUCUGUUUGCACUCAGACUCUCAUUUUUACUUAUGCAUAAAAAAAAUGUUUUGUUUUUGGGAGCUUUCUGACACACAACUGUCCUUUAAUUUGACCUGCCUGUUGAGUGGAAAUCCCAUAAAUUUGUUAUGGUACAAAAAUUAACCAAGAGUCAUGUUUCAU